AUGGCCUCCCCAGCCCCAAAAUCCCACAUCGCCCACACCCUCCUCUCCCGCGCCCACUCCCCAGACAGCGCAACGCAACAAUUCACCGAACGCAUCAAACAAAAACCCCUCUUCCUCCGCGCAACCUCCCCCUCAGCCUCGGACAACCGCUCCCGCCGCCGUCUCCACCGCCUCCGCAAGAAAGACUACUUCCUCCGCCACCAAAAGCCGCGCCCGCUCUCAGCGCGCGAAAAGCGCAAAUCAGGCUUAUACGACCUCCCCAAGGAAGAAUGCAAAUAUGCCAUUUUCAAAGGCCUGCAUGAGCUGUGGGUCGGGUAUAUGCAGGAGAUCCUGGAUUUGAAGGGCGCGCCACAUGGGCAUGUUUCACCUACGAGUCAUGGGAGUAAGCUUGUUAGUGCGGAUUACCAUGGGGCUGAGGUUGAGGUUGUGAGGAGUGGAUGUGCUGGGAGGGUUGGUGUUAAGGGGAUUGUGGUGCGGGAUACUAAGUUUACGUUUGUUAUUGUUACUGAGAAGGAUGAGAUGAAGACUAUACCCAAGGAGCAUACUGUUUUCAGGUUUACGGUGCCUUUGGCUGUGGAGGGUGGAGAUCAGAAGCAGGAUGAUAAAGCUAUGCCGUUGGUUUUUGAGCUGCAUGGGAACCAGUUUGAGAAUCGGGCUGUGGAUAGAGCUAAUAAGAAGUUCAAGUGGAGGAAUAUUGAUUACAUUUGA